CUGUCAAAAUGUCAAAAUAGUUUGUUUGGGGUUAUUUCUUACAUCAAAAUUCUUAAUGUAAAUUCUAGCAUUUAGGAUCACAUUUAAUUUCUAAUUCAAAAACAAUGGCAAGCAUAAGGUCAAUUUUAUUAGGACAAUGUGUUCCAUGUGUAAAGAAAACUGCUUCAAAAAUUCGUGUUCGCAGAAUGGAAUUGGAUACAAAUCUGAACAUGUAUUUCAAGAAAGAUGAAUUUUACUUUGCCCACGACCCACAAAAAUUGUGUAAAACUGGAGACAUUGUCCUAAUACAAAAAUUACCACAAAAGCUAACCCGAUUAAUAACACACAAAGUAGAGGAGGUGGUUUAUCCCAUGGGUGACAUAACAGAUCCCCUUACUGGUAAAAAAGUUGUUGUGGGCAAAUAUCGUGACCAAAUUGAGGAGGCUAACAAACUGUUUGGAAAAUCCCAGAAAGCUUUUGACUACAACAAAGCCCCACCAAGAGGAAGACUGGAGGGUACAAAGGAUUUCACAGAUCGUGAAACUUAUAUUAAAUAUCACGAAGACGGCAAAGAUCAGCCAUAUGCUGUUUAGAUUUAUAAUUUUUGUACUACUGUUCUUAGAAUAAAAUUGUUAAUGCGUGUGUAAUGCAUGAAAAAGUUAA